GGGGCUGAAGAGGCGGGGCACUGCGAACCCGGAGCUCGGUGACACCCGGCGGUCGCGGCUGGCUGUCUGACUCUGAGGAUGGCGGGGAGGGGGAAGCUAAUUGCGGUGAUCGGAGACGAAGACACGGUGACUGGCUUCCUGCUGGGCGGCAUAGGGGAGCUUAACAAAAACCGCCACCCUAAUUUCCUGGUGGUGGAGAAAGAUACAACCAUCAAUGAGAUCGAAGACACUUUCCGGCAGUUCCUCAACCGGGAGGACAUCGGCAUCAUCCUCAUCAACCAGUACAUCGCAGAGAUGGUGCGGCACGCGCUCGACGCCCACCAGCGCUCCAUCCCAGCCGUACUGGAGAUCCCGUCCAAGGAGCACCCCUAUGAUGCUGCCAAGGACUCCAUCCUGCGCAGGGCCAAGGGCAUGUUCACGGCCGAAGACCUACGCUAGGGGGACUCCCCACAGCCCUGCAGCCUCUCCCCAGGCUUGCGAUCAGCCCUUCUCUGAGAUUUGAGCCUCCGAGUUCCAAUUCCCCUGCCCCUUCCCACUCCACUGAGAGGCUAGGUGAGGUGUUUCCAGGUUGCUGGGGCUCUGCCGUUAAAUCAAGGCCGGUUAGGGAACAGGAAGCCUGAGUCUUCACUCCACUACCUCUUCCCUGUGCUGUUACAGUGUCAUUGUCGAUGUUAAAUUAAAAUAAUGUUCUUGGA